AUGCUUCUCCUACCCGCCUCGCUGCUCUCUCUCGUCUUGCAGGUCUCGUCCUCCGCCGCGGAGCGCUCGCCCACCGCCAUCCGCAAGGUCGCGCCCGAUGCCAACGAGAAGAUCCUUCCCGAGCACCUCGCCUUUGCGUCGCUGCCAUUCCACGACGCCUCCCUCGACGCGCGGGACUUCCUCGACGCGCAAGACGUCCGCAUACCCCAGCCGCGGCCGUACCGCCCCGCAUACGCCGGUCAUGUGGACUCUGAGACGGAGCGCAACGUCCUACGGCGCGGCGCGCACGCCCUCGCGCUGCUCAACCGCCGCGCCGCGGCCUGCCCCAGCGGCAUGGGCGGGUGCGACAGCAUCGGGCAGCCCAACAAGUGCUGCCAGGACGGCACCGGCGCCUCGUGCGGCGGGGGCGUGGGCGCCUGCCCGGCCGACGCCGUGAGCUGCCCGGCGGAGCUCGGCGGCGGGUGCUGCAUCCCCGGGUACGUGUGCCAGGGCAUGGGCUGCGUGCCGAGCGCGUCCGCCACGACGGCGACGACCACUGCGGUGGCCACGAGCACGACCCAGGCGACGACAACAGUCACCAGCACGCGCACGACGUGGGUCGACGGCGCCCCCUCGACCGUCAUUGUUACGGAAAUUGUCACGCUGACGUCGUCGCGCCCGCCUACGACAAAGACCACCACCGUGACCGUCACGAAUACCGACACGGCCACGGAGAGCAGUACGACGGCGACGACGACGGGUGGUACGGUGACGGGCGGCGCGCCCUGGCGGCCGACGGGCGAGCCCAGUAGCAGCAGCACAACAACGACAGAGGGCGGCGAGACGUCAACGCAAGAUGGCUGCCCGACGGGCUUCUAUGGAUGCCUGGCCACCCACGGUGGGGGUUGCUGCCAGACGGACCGCGACUGCCAGACGCGCUCGUGCCCGCCGCAGGCCUCGACCACGGUUGUUUCGGAUGGCCGCACCGUCGUGGUGCCCGCGUCCGAAGUGCCGUCGACAGCCACCUCGACGUGUGCCGCGGGCUGGUUCCUAUGCGGCAGCGACGCUGGUGUUCAUCCGGGGUGUUGUCCUAGCGGCUACGACUGCGGCACCGCGAGCUGCUUCAGUGGGUCGGCUUCGCAGACGGGGUCGGUGCAAAAGGAGCAGCCAAAGAAAGAUGGGGGAGUAGUCAAAGAUACCAGCCUGCUCAUGACGCUGUGUGUUGUGAUGGCAGCAGUGGCUGCCUGUAAUGUUAUGGUGUAA